UGUUAAUGUCAACCCAGAAGAGAUACAAAUGCAAGACUGUAAAAGUUUCUUACGUUGUACAGGAUGUAUCUAACCAUAGUUUGAGGUUGCAUUUGCAUAUUAAAUUAUUUAAAAUGAUUAUUAUAUAUUUAUUUACGACUGUGUUUAAAACUUGCAUUUUUUAUUUGUAUAAACAAUGUUGUGAGCAAUAGCCGAGAACUAGUUAAACACGGAUUAACUGAGAGCAGAAACCAUCAAUCUCAGUUCAGCCCACUCACGUCCUACAGAGGAACCAGAGGAACUUGAGUGACUAGUUACGAGCUGGGCGGGACUUAACCAGAGAAAACUGAUUUAGGACUGAACUAAAUGUGUGAAUGAGAUGUUUAGAAAAAAGAGAAGAAUUGAAAAUAAAGUUUUCAGAUGAUAGACUGUGUGGUAAAAUGUAUUUCAGAUAUAAAGCAAACUCUCAUUAUGAUUUACAUAAGUAAUGUUAUGUCGCUCUUUUCAUUCUCAUGUCCUGAAUGCCUCAGGCUAAAGUUUUAUAGGUGCUUAUAAGUUUUAUUCAAAUGAGAUGCUAAACAUUUGCAACUUGCAACAAAUGAUCCACUGUGAGACGAACAGUACAGCUUCACGUUAUUAGACAAAAAAUUGCAGCUUCUUGCCUAAUAAAUAUUUAAUUUCUUUCUUUUAAGGACAGUAUCAUCCAUUAGCACAGUCUACAAGCAAGACCAUUCGGCCAUUGUAGGUUCCAGCCGUCGGCAUGAGCAUCGCUUCCAAAGACCGUAAGCCAAAAAAGCCCCAUUAUGUCCCCCGUCCCCCCGGCAAGCCCUUCAAAUACCAGUGCUUCCAGUGUCCUUUCACCUGCAACCAGAAAUCCCAUCUGUUCAACCAUAUGAAAUACAACCUGUGCAAGAUCUCCAUCUCCAUAACUGCUAAACCGAACCAAAGUCCCAUCCACGAUUCCACAUCACCAAACGUCCAGUCUGCAAUGGAGAGCAAUGGCUCGAUGUGUGCCAAUGAUGAAACAUUCUCUGUAGUGAAAGUGCCCUCGACUAGUACUGACCAUGUAGGCGGAUCAAAAUCUGAACCAUCUCCUCAAAACGGGCACAUAUCCAAAUCCUGUGAGGAGAACACACUAAAGGAAGCCGAUCUUCAUUCCUCAGACCCGAUGUCAUCCUCUACAGGUGACUCCAAGGACGUCAAACCUGUGUAUAAACCCGAAGCUCUUCUUCCACAACACGUGUAUAACCCUGCGACCAUCUGGAGACCCCCGAUCUCAUUCCCAUCCAGCACUGGAAGUCCUGAACACAAACCACAUCUACAAGACAAAGAGUUGGAUUUUCCUUAUCACGGUGGCGUCAUUCCCGGAUAUCAUUCCUAUGUUAUUCCCACCCCUCUGCAUCCACUCUACCAUCAGUAUCACCCCUAUCUACAGCCAAGCAACAUUUAUCACCCCACCCCACCACACCCGCACCUCCUCCCGUACGCCUUGGAAACCCACAGACUUCACCAUCUGUUACCAAGGGAACUGAGUUCUCUAGCACCUGUCUCUGAAGAGUAUUUUAGGCACUUUCACACAUUUCUAAGCUAUAGCCAGAACUAUCCACAUCACCAAACCCUUACCACCGCACCCUACUUUAUCUCGUACUCACAAUCAGUCCGUCAUGAGAUGGAUACAGAGAACAUUGCGAGUGAACACGGGUAUGAACAGAGAGAGCUCAGGACAAAUGAAGAGCUACAGGUGAGCCCGCAGACGGGCCGCUCGGCUUCUGGAUCACCAGAGAGACCAAACCCUCACCAUGGUUCCCAGGAGUCAGCAGAUAAGGAUGCAGUGUCGACCAGCCAAUCAGAAGAGAGGGACAGGGCCAUACAGAUAAGUGGGGAUGGCCAGAAUAGCACUGAAAGGUCACCAAUGCUCACAAAGGUGGAGACUGGAGCUAAAAGUGUUGAUGAUGUCACAGUUCCUCUCAAUCUCUCAAGAAAGGGUCAGAUUAAAAGUGAUGCUUCACCUCAGCAGUGGUUUCCCCUGAAUCUGUCUGUGAAGUCAUCGACAGCUCCAUCAGCGAGCCAAUCACAAAGCGGCUUGAGUGAUGAGGAGAUUCUGGGUAGCAUUACAUCAAAGGUGGACGAUGAUGUCAUUGUGGAAGACGAGACAACGGCUGCGUUUGCUCUCUGCCAGCUGGCCCAAUCUGUUUUGACACCCCUAAGCAGAAACACAAACAUCUAUUCAUCUCUUUCAACUGUCUGUGAUGAGCCAGAAGCCCACCGCCUUCAAAAGCCAACAUCCGAUUGUGAUCAAACAGAAGCAACUGAUACGCCAACAAACAUUAACUUUACAAAUACUUCUCCAGAUCUGAAAUCAGAUCUGGACAUCACCGUCCAGGCAUCAAACAUGAAACAUUUAAAGAGGAAAACACGUGCAUCACACGGCACCAAAAGAAAACGACCGAGUGGCCUUAAUAACCGCAACCUGAGGAAAAGAACUUAGCCAUUAAUCUUAAGACUCAAGACAUUUUAGACAAGCUGUGACAUGAAUAAAACUAUACUAAAGUCCUCCUUAUCAGACAGAUAUGAUAUUUUUUGGGAGCUGCGUUGUCAAACCAUGAAGUGAAACACAAUGUAUUAUAUUUAUUUUUUUUAAACUACAUUUUUUUAUUGUUAAUGUUG